AUGGCAAAUGCAGAUGACUGUAGGGACGAUAUUAGAGUUAAUAUCACGUUAGUUGAUAUUCUCGAUUAUGUUGGAGAUAGUGUCCGGCCAAUUCGUGAAGGUUGCGCUGUGUUUGAUGCAGGGCACGUUGUCUGUAUAGGAUAUACAGAAAAAGCAGAUUGCGCUGUAACUUACUGUGGCUAUGUUCUGCAAUCAUCACAUCCUGGCCAAAUUCCACACAAAACGAGUCUAACCAUAUCAGCGGAUGUAUCAAAGUGGGUGUGUAUUUGCUCCUGCAAAGCAGGAACUUCUCGUUGCAAACAUAUUAUCGCGUCUAUGCUGACGCUAAAUCGAUCGGGAAACGCGUCGUAUUUGUCGUGCACCGACACAGUUCAGGCAUGGGGAAUCACAAAAAGUGAAAGGACAGCUCCUUGGGGUGCAAAACGGACUGACGACCUCUGCUGUGUGAACCACCCAAAGAAAAUAAUGCCUACGGAUAAGACUAUGGAAAAUAACAUACUGAUGGAAUCAUUCCACCGGAUUUUAAAGGGUAACUGA